GUUAAAAGUCAAGGCAGCCAUAGUCUUUUGCAGGUGCCAGCCAGAUUCCCAACUUUUCGGGGUGCGUCACUCGCGACUUCAAGCCAGGACUGAUUUACCGUACGUAAACCAUGGCGUACAACGGAAAGUGCAUGCGCCGCAUGGGCUGGAACCUUGUGGUGAUGGGGUUUCUCAGCAUCACCCUGGGUAUAGCAGCCGAUGCCACGUUUGCCUCCAUGGGCGAUAACUGGGAGACCUUCCACUACAUCAGUGCUCCCAUUUGGAAUGGUGUUUUCGUUGUCAUAACUGGUAUCUUGGCGAUUAACAGUGGAAACAGACCAACAAGCAAGGAUCUGAUGAUUGCAGUAAUGGUACUCGGGAUCUGCACAAUCUUAACUGCGUUAUGCUGCUUCUCGCUGGCCAUUGUUGGAUCCAUUUAUUCUUCUUAUGAUUACGAUUAUGAUGAUGGAUGCAACGACUUCAAUGGUUACUGUGCACCCUUUCCCCUAUAUGUGGUGAACGCUCUGCUGACUCUGCCCGAGGUCGUCAUGGCCUUCGCAGCUGCCAUCAUGCCUUGUUGCGGACUGGCAAACAACCCCAACGGUUUGCCCGUGUUUGGGUACAACCAGCUGCAGGAUCAGGAAGGACCUGACAUAGCACCAUGGCACUAUGGCACUAUGGAUCCGCCCCCUUACAUGCCACGUGCACAGUCCACCAUUGGGGCAGCACCUGCUCAGCCACCUGCAGCUGGUCAGCCACCUUCAGGGCCACCUUCAGAGACCAUACCCAAGUCACCUACCUAGAGGUUGAAGUGAGCUAUAAAAGCUGAAAGCUUUUUUAUGACAAGAUGGUAUACAAAUUGUUGUUGCUAUUAAAUGGAUCUUUUACCCAUCACUUUUGCUUUUGUAUCAUAGGUGUGCUGUAUCGGCUUUUGUUCAUUUGGUAACAGUUUUGAAAAUUGUAUAGGAUCUAUUUAUUUGAGAAUGGCUGACAACAUUUAGCUAUCCUAUUCUGUCUUUUAGUAUAAUAUAAUGGGGUCAUUUUAGCAAACGUUUAUGAAUUGGUCAACAUUCAAAUCAGGAUGAUUUCUAAGAGACCACAUGUGGAAUUAUUUAGGACUAUGCAAGACCUCCAACAGCAAUAAGGAAAGGUUCUAUUUUGAGUGUGCAAACAGCUAGCUGCACUUGACAUGCUAUGUAUUUCUGCACACGU